CUUAAGUAAAAACGGAAAUCACUAGAAAGCGCAGACUCUACCAAGAUACUUGAAAUUUGAUUGAUAGUCAAGAGAGGUACAGCAUGUCUCUGUUUGUGGUUGUACUGUAUUAUCGUCGAGCCGAUACGCAGUAUACUGCCUGAUGCAAAUAACAAGAUUGCUAAAUAACAAACGGAGCAGCUGAAAUAUCUUUUCACCUGGUACAAUAUUAUUGGAUGCUAUUGAUUUAUACUCGGCCAUAUGCUGCUGAGAUUUCUUGUGAGAGGAACGCAGGUGACAGGUUUAUUUGGAUCACUUUCAAAUUUGUGUUUGUAACAGUCAUUGACUGCCAGCUCAACAUUUGCAACAAAGUGUCAAAUCUUGCUUCCAUUUUUCUUCAAGUAUGAUGUUUUUCCUCACAUAUUCAGUACAAUUGAAAAUAUAUUUUUGAGCUUUAUUUGAACAGCAGAUGGAAGAACAGUAUAGUGUGGACUACUGAACUAGAAGGGCUGUUAAAAAAGAUUUCAGCCUUUUAGGGUUAGGGUACAUAUACAUUAUUGACAGUAGUAUCGUAAAUGACGGGAUGCCAAGUGUGGUGCAGUACCAUUUUCUGCAACCAUGCACUUUUAGUUUUGGUCUGUUAUAGGGCCUGUGCACAGAGUAAAGGCCCUCUCAAAACUGGAAAUUGCUUUGUUUCUUGGUCAUUAUUACUCCUUUGCCGAAGAAAUCGCUAUUUUUGAGGGCUUUCACAAGAGCUUGGCGUCUUUAUGGGGAUAUGUUGCUGUGAAAUAGAUGUUUGGUAUUGGUUGAGGCGGUUAUUUUAUUUAACCUUUAUUUAACCCGUUAAGGCAAGAACAGUUUCUCAUUUAUACAAUGUCGAUCUUGACUGCAGACAGCAGGGCAAAGCAAGGCACAAUAAAGGCACAGCAUAAUCACGGCGAUACUGCAGAGGAAGUUUGCCUCACAUCCCUACAAAAUGGCCGCAUCUUUGGUGAGAGCUCUGCUCAAGCAGAUGGAGGUGCUGCCAUGAGGGAGCACCAGGAGGGACAGUGCCACCACAUACACAAGAAUAGACUGGAGAUGCAACAAAAGCUCAAGGAAAAAGAAGAAGAGAUAAAAUGCCUUCUCAACACUUUGGCUGACGCUGAGAUGCUCACCGUGUUUGUCAGCAAGUCGUGGAUGGAUGCUUACAAGCAGCUUAACAAAACCUUUGAGGAUGACGCCAACAACAUGGUGGCAGCCAUAAAUGUAGAGUGGCAAAAGUGGUGGGCCUACAGAGAGCAGGAGACUGCCGAACAGUUUCAGACGCAGCGGGAGAACAUGCAGUGGCACAUGGAUGACAUGGCGGUCCGUUUCAACACUGAGCUAGACAGCAUGCGUAGGCACAAUUUAGAAAUGUCUGCAUACUUCAGAAGUGAAAUGGAGAGCCUCCAACAGCACAUGGUCGAGGUCGUCCAAGAAAAGGAUGAACUGAUUGCAAAAUUGCGACGUGAAAACUACAUCCUCGGAGCAGAGAAUGGGGAGAUGUUGCAGUCCCACAGUUUUAAAUAUGAGACUCCAGAAGAGCAACAAAGUCUUCAUGCUUUGGAGGUUCCAUUAAAAGUGGACCAAGAUACAACAUCAGCCUUUGUUAAUGUGGCUGAAGUAGCAGAUCGUGAUCCAAUCCAUGAUGCACAAUGAAGCACAUCGAGUACACCACUUCACUUGGCUUGUUUGAGCUUAAUAUGACAUGUAUUUACAUGGUUACAUACCAAUGAGUGAUCAAAUGAGAUGCAGUUUCCAAAGGAGACAGAACAUGAACAACUGGGACCUGGUAGUAGCAAACGGGACAGCGCAUAGGGGCAAAUGGACAGUGACUGCAUUUUUAACAAGGCCCAAUAAGCAUUGAACAACAAAAGUGCUUGUAAAAAUAGCAACAAUGUGAACAAUGUGAAAAACAAUUGCUUUCGCACAGCAGAAACAUAUCCAGUCCAACAAGUACUGCAGGCAAGAAUGUCGAUUAAAGGACUCUGAAAACAAUGGCCCAGCUAUGGUGCAGAUACAGCUGCUGGGCACCAGCUACGAGCAUCUGACGGGGCUCCAGAGAUCUGCGAUGAGGGUCCAGUGCGAGUCGCGAAUGUGCAACACUGUGCUCACCCUCAACUGACUUGAGAAAAGAACGAAAUGACCAAAAUAAGUAUAGCUUACAGUCAAGAUUGGUGACAGAUUUUUAGAGCUCCAACCUAACCUCGUAAAGAAACAAGUGAUUGUUACACAAGUGGGUACACAAAAUGCAGGCAAAAUGAAAUGCUAAUUCAGGCUCAACAAAGUCAAACUCUUCAUUUCACUAAGAUAAAUCCUGCAGUGACUUCCAAGGCCAAGAAUUGAUUGGAUGGUUCUCUUCAAAUCAAUGACGACAGAACCUUCAUCUGGCAUUUGCACGUGCUUGCUCAGCAGGAGCAAUAUCGGUGGUGCUCGCAUGGCAAUUAAUCGGCUCAUUUGCUUUGUGCUACUGGCCCACACAACAUAUUGUACAGCUACACAUGCUGAUUACAUUUAUUCAAUUAGGCAAUUGGGAGUUUUUACCCUUUGGAGGUUGGGGUGGGGUUGGCGGUCGGUCGGUCGGUUUUAGAACUUUUGUAACUUUUUUUUUUUUUAUUAUACAAGUGUACUUUGUGAUUUGUGUUUUUCACUUGGCAUACAAGUGUGCAUUGUAGUUUUAUUUUCUUUUGUGACACUUUGGCUUGAAUUUUCAAUUAUUGCUUCUUGUUUCUUCUACAUCAGGCAGAUGUUCAAUAUAAUAUACAUAUUGCAGAAUCUGCACGUGUUGAGUCAGUCACCAUCCUCACCAACGAUUGUUGACAACAGAGUAGAUUAAACAUGGCUGAAAACAUGAUUGGAAGCAUCCAGAGGAACAUGCAAAUCAAAUGCGGCAACACUUAUGGUUGACUAGCAUUAUGCCUGAAGGUUUCAUAAUGAACCUGGCAAAAUUAUUUGUGUCACAUGACAACAACAGGAAGUAACAAUGGAAGAAAAUGUGGACUUGGUCCCCGUUCUACAAAGACAGCCCUUAGCUUGAUUAUAUGCAAACAUUAACUGCAAUCUGGCCAUAUCUAGACAGAUGUUUUCUUAAGCUCCCAUCAGAACCAAACGGGGGAUUCUGCUGUAUUUUAGUUUUCCAUCAGCACUUGGCCAUACAGUUAGCAGUCGCACCACUGCAGAGUCAAAGCAUCCCCAAUGGCUCCGGUGGUUGCCGAGCCACACAUGAUUGAUGCCUCCUGCACUUUUCCUGUCACAGGCACUGCUCUGAGGAAAUAACCAGCGUGACCCCUUUCAAAAACACUUCCUUAUUUGGGUUCUCAAACACCCUCUAAUCCUGACAGCAUUUAGACACUGCCUGCCACACAGACACAAGUCCACUGACAAAAACACUGGGCAAAUCAGGACUGAGUCAACUAUUGGAAAUGAGGCAACGCAGGCCAAGCACUUGAUAUGCAGGCAUAUGCUUUGUGGCUUAUCGCUACUGCUCAACUGUGCAGAGCAAUUGCUUGGCUGGCCCAGUGAACAACCCCCCCCCCCCUCACCCUACCCCCCAAUCCUCAUUCACUGCUACUCAUUUUGUCUCCAGCCACUUUUCUGCCAGCUUGGAAGGACAUUAUUGGAAUCGUUUCCAAUCAUGUCAAUUGUAAUUAAAUGGAUGAUUUCCCCCUAAUGCGAAAGCGAGUGUCUAGUACUGUUGAGGUACACUGCACCAACCAUGAAAAGAUAUGCUUUGCUUAUAAAAUAAAUGAAACACCAAAACUACUCUAAAUCCUUGAUGGAAUUAAUGCUUAUUACAUGCAUUCCACAGAACUAACUGAAAAUCGUUAGUUCAUGCAUGGUGUGCUCUUGUUUAGUCCUGCAGAAGAGGCAUGGAGUUAAAUUGAGGCCCAAAUAAUCUUCUGAUAGUCUGAAUAUCAAAUAUGAUUAAACUGAAAUUAAUUGGUAGAUUGACUAGUAGUCUGAACAGCUAGUCUGAAUAGCAAAUGUGAUUAAACUGAAAUUAAUUGGUAGAUUGACUAGUAGUCUGAACAGCCAAUAUGAUUAAACUGAAAUUAAUUGGUAGAUUGAACCAUGUCACAUUCAUUUUAAGAGAAAGGGACUCUGAAUCUUUUAUUAUUUUCCGUUCUGGGUGGGUUGUGGACAGCAAGUCAAAAGCCACUGCCGCCUAGAGAGACCAUAAAAGUUUUUUGUUUGUUAUACAGUUUUACUCCUCCCUUCCCUCACAUUUACGCUUCAUAAAACAAACUUUUCACGUAACCCUAAGCACCUCUUUUCUUCAAAUUAUCAUAAGUUACAUAUUGCAACGAUUCUGCAAUAACAAUGAGGCAGGAUAGCUGUAGACCACUUCUCCAAAUGUGUGUCAAGGUGUGCUUGCUUCAAACUGUUUAAUUUUUGCUCCCAGUUGACAUUUAGCCUACUGUAAAACACUCAUAAAACAAGAGUUAAACAUUGCAUAUUCAAAACCAAAAUGUUAAUAAUUUUGUCUAACAAAAGUCUGCUAGCUUAAUGCUAAUAACAUACUGUACAAUAAUGAAAAGGAGCAUAGUUGUUCCGAUAAUUCUAAACGUCAACCUGCUACUUUCAAAUACGCAGCACGAACCCAUAAAAUAUCCCUAAUUACAAAGUAUUAGCGACUGUAUAUCCUGGCAUUAAAGCCUUUAACAGAUCUUCCUGUGUGUUGUGUUUGAUUUGAUUGCACUUCAUAAUUUCGGAAGUCCUCUGCUGUGCUUUUUAUCUGAUGGUACGUGUCUUCAUGCUAUGAGAGCAGUUUUAUGAUCCGUGGCACAGGUUGUACUUGCGCUGACACUUUUAUUUGCAAUGAUGCUUGACUACAAAACCUUCCACAGUGAAAUGGGUUCCAACCGAUUUGUUGCAUAAAGAUGUUACUCUGGAGGGAGAUCUUAGUUGGCGUAAUUAACGCUUAAUGAGAUGGAUGAAAAGUUUGUUUUGCCACUGGGGGUCGUUUCUGAACUGUGUUAUUAUUUGCUGACACACAUGCAACAUUUGGUCUCUGGUUUGGAGGUAACAUCACUAGAAAGCUGCGCCUUUCAUCCAUUUGUGCAUGGAGAAUAUCGCAAAUGGCAGCAAGAGUGCUGAGGCGUCAUGGGGCUCAGCCAGUACCUCCAAUGGGAUGUUGAAAUAUUCAAAAGAUUUCCCAAAGCAUGA